CCCGGCCUUUCUGAAUUACUUUAUAUAUCUUCCUCAACCGUGCUGUCCACUUAUAGGCUAUUGCCAUAUACUCUACAACAUCAAAAGUAAAGCCUAGAGAGAUCAGUGUGUCAGCCUGAUUCAUCAUGGAGACUCUCAAAGCGGUCUUUUUCGGUCCUGAUCCUCAGGCACAGAUGAGAAAAUGCAACGCACUUAUCCGCGCCAACACUCGCCAAUUGGACCGCGAUAUUGCACAGCUCAGGACUUUGGAGAACAAAACGCGGCAAUAUAUCAUGAACGCCUCACGUCGGGCCGAGCGAAACCCAUCACAAUCUAAGCAGGCCACCCAGGAGGCUAAAACCUUUGCUCGCGAACUGGUUCGGAUCCGGAAACAAUCUACCCGUCUGCACACGAGCCGAGCCCAACUACAGAGCGUCCAGAUGCAGGUCAACGAAGCAUUCUCGGUGCGGAAGAUUCAAGGAAGUCUGAAGAAGUCGACUGGCAUCAUGAAGGAUGUUAACACAUUGGUUCGACUGCCCGAAUUGAACGCGACGAUGCGUCAACUUUCAACAGAGUUGGUCCGGGCUGGUAUCAUUGAGGAAAUGGUAGACGAUGCGAUGCCAGACAAUGAACUCUACGAGGAUGAAGUGGAUGAGGCUGAGGAAGAGGUUGCCAAGGUCUUGCAGGAGAUCUUGCAGGGAAAGCUUGCGCAAGUCGACACGGUCAAAGCCGAGGAGCCAUUGGAGGAGACACCCGCCGUCGAAGAACAGUUCGAAGAUCAAGAGGCCACUCUCGAACAAAUGAGAGGCCGACUGGAAGCAUUGAAGAGCUGAGUCCUGUGAACGCCGAAUUGAAGUCUACGCAUGCCUGUAAUAUGAUGUUACGAGCGACCCCGAAAUGCUGCACAAGCAUUGUUUCUUUGUUGAUAUAUUCACUUUGGGAGUUCGGCCGGUGGAGCAUUUGGGAUUUGGUUCAUUUUCACUUUGUUUUGUGUCUACUUUAGAGGCAGGUCCUGAUUUUUCUGAGUAUGAGAGGCUAUUUCAGCGUUGUCUUAAGCCAUUGUCAUAUCUUCUUUAUUGGACACAUGGUAGACAUCAUUUUUCUUGCUUUUCUUGGAGUGGGGUCGAGGGUCUUUGCCAUUUGAUCAAUUCUUCGAAUGUACAGGUGAAUCGUUUCAUUGAUAUUUAAGAAACUCCUAUGCACUCCUCAAUAAGAAACAAGAGUUAAAUAAAGGAGAGAAAUGGUACAAUGAAUGUUAAUAUAUGUAAUUCCCUGUUAAAG